CAACAAGGUAUAUGCCUACUACACCGUUCUUAAGCGGAUGCAUGAUUCGUAAUCGAACAAGUCCCACAUAUCUUCUGGACCAUCCAUUACGUAAAGAAUAAAAGAAUAGAGGAAGAAGGAGGUGAAAUUGACACUACAAUACACUGGGAGCAUCUGUCCUACUGCAUGGGGAUACCACGGUCUGGAUUCGAUUAUCCACUUUAUCAAUUCGUUUGGGCAUAUCAAUCGAUUUUAGUCAGCAUUUUGUUGAUUGUCAACACUGCAUACAACUCGACAUAUUAUGCCCUUACAAUAUACACGUCAGCUCAUUUCAAAGUACUUGCAACUUUGCUGCGGGAUAUUGACAAAUAUAUAACGCCGAAUGAUCAUAAAAAUAAUUCCGAAAAGAGUUCAGCGUGGUUAGAUGUGACCAACGAAAAUAUAUUUGAAAAUGGGACGGAUUUUGCAAAUACAAUGGCUCUGAACCAGUGCGGUGAAAUCGAAAAAGAAAAUAAUAAGAAUAGAAUGCCACAAGAGGACGCAUAUCCUUGCUUGCAUCCUGAAGAUAUAAGAGGGAGUGUCCCACAACCUGAAGAUUUCUUGGUCAACUGUGUAAAAUAUCACCAGGCUCUUCUUCUGUACGUAGAAGACGUGCAAAGUGUCUUCAGCACUGUACUGUUCAUAUAUUUUUCUCUGAAUGGAGCUUUGAUGUGUCUUACAGUAUUUCAAUCAACAGUGGGUUCAGGAAAGUCGAGUUCCUUCAAAUUCGUAGGCGCAAUGAUUACCGUUUGGGUUCCUGUGUUCCUUAUGUGCUGGUUCGGAGAGCUACUUACAGAGCAGAGUGAAGCUGUCGAACGAGCCAUAUAUGGAUGCAAGUGGUUUGACGCGUCUCCGCGCUUCAAGAAAUACACGCAAUUCAUUAUCAUGAAGUCUCAGAAGUCCGUAAGGCUCUUGGCAGGCAACUUCUUUGCUGUUUCUCUGGAAGGAUUUGCUAGUAUUGCUCAUACUGUGUAUGCUUACUACACCGUCCUGAUGCAAACGCAGCAGUAACGCACCAACAGUAACAUAGCAAGAACCAGCCAAAUUACUUCUCAGUGCACUACAAUGAGUAUGGAACACAGAUACUAAUCUAGAAGAGCGACGAAUUUUCUCAUUUAAAUCUAACUACUGUAACUUAGAACGCAAUGUCACUGAUGAUAAAAUGAGCAGGGGUAGCUCAGUAAGUAGAGUGAAUAGCUACAGGCUGGACGACCGGGGAUCGGUCUCCAUCAGGGGACGCAGUUACCUUCAUCACCGCCCCCGACUGAAGACCACGUACCUCUUAUCCAUUGGGUGUACAGGGUCAAGCGGCCGAAGUGUAAAGCUGAUCAUUCAUCUCGAUAUAGUGCAGAAAUUGAGUUUCUGCUCCCUCUGCAUCUACAUAUAGAGUUGCUUAAGCAUAGAGACAUAGUUGCCUCAUAUACAGACAAGCUGAGAGUGACCGCUGUUUCGCAGCAUUAUGAAGCACGCAGGAAACAACAUAAUGUGAAGAUACUCUAAAGCUCUGAAGGCGUGUUCCGAACAAGGAUCUA